AUGAAUGCCCUAUCCUCUGGCAAUGAUGACCACGCUCACCGGCAGAAUGUUGGGGGGCGAUCAAGUCACGACGAUAGGGAAAUGCAAAAUGCCUUAGCAGAUGUGAUUAACAUGCCCGUCGACAAAGGUCGCUUCGUCACCAGAACUCCAGAAGAGCCAUUCCGUUUGACCUUUGUCGAUGUGACAUGCCUUUUGAUAAACCGAACCAUAGGGACCGGAAUUUUUAAUGGUCCUCGCGACGUAAUGAAAGGUGUUGGCAGCCCCGGACUUGCCAUUCUCGUCUGGGUCUGUGGUUGCAUCUACGGCCUCUCAGGCGCACACGUUUUUCUUGAGUACGGACUGAAUGUGCCGCGUUACGUUAUCGAUGGAGUAGAGCAGUCAGUUCCUCGAUCAGGAGGAGAGCUGCACUAUCUUCAAUAUGUCUUCCCAUGGCCCAGUUACAAAAAGGGCACAGUUCUGUUGAGUGGCGUCCUAUUUGGCAUCAGUUUCAUCCUUGUUGGAAACAUGGCCAGUAACUGCAUCGACUGCGCUGUGCAUCUUAUGCAGAUUGCAAACCCCGACAAAAAAGACUUCGAACUUAACCAGGAGGUCAUCCGUGGAAUUGCAAUUGUAAUUGCAGCAGUCACCUGCUUUAUCCACGCCUUCUCUCGACGUGGUGGUAUCCUGCUCAACAAUGUCUUUGCCAUUAUCAAAACCUUGAUUUUAGUUUUCAUCAUCAUUGCUACAUGGGUGGUGGCUGGCCGGCGGGAUGGUAUAAGUGCCCUCCUGCAGGACAAGGUUGGCAACGUGAAAGACACUGCUCCAACUGCUAAUGAUGAAACCGUUGGGGCUCCUCAAGCAUUCCUCUCCGUUAUUUUUGCCUUUUUUGGUUUCGAUCAACCAAGCUAUGUGCUAGGAGAAAUCAAAAAUCCGCGAAAGAACCUUCCCAGAUCUAUGUGGUGGGGUAUGGGCAUCGUAUCCGUGCUCUACGUGGGUGUCAACAUUUGUUAUAUGAUUAUCGUCCCGGCAGACGCUCAGGUGGCCAAUAAUGUGGCUCAAGAAUUCUUCAAGAGAGUGUUUAAGUCGGAUAGCCGUGGCCAGCAAACGGUCAACGCGUUUCUUGCCAUCUCAUCAUUUGGCAAUGUCGUCGUCUGGACAUAUACCGCCGCUCGAAUGAAGCAGGAAAUUGCGAAGCAGGGUUUUAUUCCCUUUGCCAAGUUUUUCGCAAAGAACAAGGACUUCAGUCUUGGCAAGCUUGUGACGUGGCUCGAGGGUGGCAGGCAGAAUUCUCCUGGUUGUAUCAUUCGGUUUCUCAAUCCUGCCAACCAUAGCGAGAAAACGCCAGUCGGCGCUCUGCUCCUCCACUUUCUCAGCUGCCUAGUUCUUAUUCUCGCUACAUGGAAGAUGGCUGUCAGCAACGCUUACAACAUACUUUUUAGAAUCUUCACCUACAUAAUAGCAGCUUGGUUCGGUUUCUUCCUCGCCCUUGGCAUCCUGAUUUUGCAUUUCCGAGGCCCGCCACCGACAGAACCAGUCCAAACACGAAAUCACAACCAUGUCCCCGACCAGCCUUCAAUCCAAAAGACUUGGGCACAAAUGAUCAAGGGCACCGUCAAUCCAAAUGUUGGCAUCUUCUGUGCAACGCUUUACCUCGCAGGGAGCCUCUAUCCAAUCAUAAUGAACUGGGUGCCGCCAUCGGGAUCUUCCUCGGUCGAGUGGUACGUAGUACCGGUUAUCUCGUGGUGUGUACUGGCUUUCUCUGCUGUCUGGUUUCUUGGAUUUGUGGCCAUUGCGAAAUACAGGAGCUACAUGGGUCACAAGGAGUUUGUUUACGUGUGUGAACUGGAAUUCGAUCAAGCCGAGAAAAAGAAGCCUCGGGCUGUGGGCGAUGAGGAUCUACCAGUCGCGGAGGCGUCUUCCGGGGCCAAUCGUGGCGGGCUUAUCCUCCUCCACGAGACCAUUUACAUGUCCUGGCAGGCCAUGGAGACACAUGUUUUACACGGUGGCAAUGGCAGCACCCAUAACGCCGAUGAUUUUGCUAUUCCCAACCAACAUGGGGCAAAUCAUGAACACCGACAGAGAGCGGUAAGUGGGGAGUUUGAUAAUACAGAUUUUGCUCAGUGA